AGAAGUAUAAAGAGGGGUUCCUGCUGAUGCAGGAAUGCCCACAUGCAGGAACGCCCCGAAUUGCGGGCCGCAAUUGCACCCUUCUCGAAAAUCUUGCUUAUUUUGACCUUCGACUCUAAAAACUGCUCAAACAGACCAGUCGAUUUGCACUGACGCCCUCGCUAUUCAGCGACAAAGAUGGCGGCCUCCGCCGGAUCAGGUAAACUAUUUCCCCGUUCACACGUAUGUGAUAUUUCAUUUGAGGUGCUUGUAUAUUACAUUCCAUUAUGAACCAUUAAUCUCAGACACACCACAGUUCCCCAGACAGCAUGUUUAGUAGAUAUGUGUGAGUUAGCUCAGCCAGUAUUGCUAGCUACUAUCUAGCUAACGUUAGCGCAGUUGGCUCUUUUCCGGAUAUUUUGUAGCUCUCGACCAACUCACUUGGUGCAUUUAAAAUAUUACUUGAUUCUGCCAUAAUUUGUAUAUAAAAGAUUGUCUUUGUGGAUUUAGUGUGUUUGUUUAGCCAUCGUCUGUGUAUUUAUCUAACUUACUAGCUAGCUAGCUAGCCUAUUCAACUGCAGCGUCAUGUUACUGCGGAGCUAACGACGCUAGCUGGUACCUAGUGGCAGCUGAACGGAGACAAUUUACAAAGCGAGCUUGGCGGAACUAGCGUACAUGUUUCAAAUAACUGAAAUGGCUAACUAUAGCUGGCAUCUGUCAAUGUAUUUCUCCAACUGUUUAUUAGCGGUUAGUUAAAUUCAAUUUUCAGCGAUGAGAACUAGCUAGCUAGCUAUUCUAGAUACGAGUAGUUUUACAUUGCUGUUAACUAGGUAGCUAGAUACCUAGCUAUUUCGUCAACUAGCACGCUCACUUUGGCCAUCGGGUACACACCCACAACUUGAGAAAGUGAUGGCUAAGGCAAUUGCAUGUGUCAGGUUAAGAGGUACAUGAAUAGGUGAACAAUAUGGGGUAGGUACUUACUUGGCUCCUACAUAUUGUAUUUAAUUAGCUGAGGAGGGUUGUGUUAAAUGAAUCACUAUCGAAAUGCAUAGAAUUAGGCCUAGCUACAUGUUUGCCUAACAUUUGAUGAAAGGAAUGGAACAAAAGUACUGCAGUACUGCUCAACACAUUAUAGAUCCCAAGUGACUUCAACCUCCCAAGCAUUAUCCAGGUUUUACCUUUGAUGUUUUCCUGUAUAAAACCGUAUUACAAUGACCAGUAUGUUCAACCUUGCUCCACACAUUGCAUUUUUAAUGAACAAUUCAAUAGAACCCAUUAAGUAAACAUGGCGCCCUGGUCUGUGUGUAGUUUUCAGUUUACAUUGUAGUAACUACUAGAUAUGUGUGGUUGAGAAAUGUCUGCUUUGAACUUUGUAUGUUUUAAAAAGGCAUCAAAGUUCCCCGUAACUUCCGGCUACUGGAGGAGCUGGAAGAGGGCCAGAAGGGUGUUGGAGACGGGACGGUGAGCUGGGGACUGGAGGAUGAUGAGGACAUAAUGCUGACUCGCUGGACAGGCAUGAUUAUAGGUCCUCCCAGGGUAAUGGAAAGCAAACACACCCAACGCGCCACACACGCACACAAACGCCAUAGAGCCAGCCUCCUAGGGUGAGCGACCAAACACCAUCACGCCACAGAAAUCCUUGCUUCCUCCAUCCUGGUUUCCUUAAUUCUUCUCAAAGUGCGCUGGAGGGUCGGACCUGGUUUCUCCUUCUCCAAAUUAUGAGAAAACAAGGAUUUGACAGCUAAUGCCACUUUCUGACAGCCACAGUCCCUUUUCACAUUCACAGUUGACGAUCAAUAUGGAAUCAGAUCUAUUUUAAACCCAAUUGAGGAAUGAAAACGUAUGGAGCAUUUUUGAUUUUAGAGGAUGAGCUGCUGCUCAAUCGUAGCCAAGAACACUGCUUCAGCUAAACCAUGCACACCGCAGGCCAGCUCUAAACCAUUUACCGGUGUGAAUUCCCUAGCUAGUUAGUUAGCUGUUUGCGCUAAUAGCGGCCAUCUUGCUGUGACGUCACCCGCCCUGAGACCUAAAGUAGUGUUGCCCUCGCUUAACCAAAACCAUGAUUUUGCUCGGGUAAUAGUCAACUUAUGAAGUACAAUGUGUUUUUGUUGAUGUCGCUCGUGAGCAUGAACACAGCGGAUAAACAUAGCAUAAAUCACUUUUCUCCCAGUGGAGGAACCAAUGAUUUUUAUAUAUUAUAUAUCGUUGGGAGGAAUACACCACAAGCAGGACAGCAAUAUAAUUGGAAUAGAACAAUUAUAAUUCUAUUGGGACAGCCACAGGCGAUUUGCAAACAAAGGUUGAAACGUCCAUGACUCACAGAACCACACGCGUUCUGUCCCCCAUGUGCCCCCGGUUUGUGGGCUCUUUUAAUUAACCACAUACAUUUAGUAGGCCAAUACUAAACUGGUAUUCAGCCGCCCAAUCAUAGGCCUACAAUAAGCUUACUUACUGUCAUGGCUCACUGCUCAUGAUGAUAACCAAGACAGCUACCCACUACCAUGCAUGCUUUAUCUUGAGCCAAAACCUAUUUCAGGACUUAAAUCUUGCCUUCUUUCUGAUUUCUUCCUUCCAGACAAUCUACGAGAACAGGAUGUACAGUCUAAAGGUAGAAUGUGGACCCAGAUAUCCUGAGUCUCCCCCUUUUGUCCGAUUUGUGACCAAGAUCAAUCUGAAUGGCGUGCACAACUCAAACGGUGUGGUAAGUCUCAGGUCAUUCAUGUCCUGUUGUACGGGUUGGAUCAAGCACCUUUGUAUUUUGGAGUGUGUGUGGCCUGAAAUUCUCCAACGCACAGCUGAUUUCAUUACCUACAGACUCAGGACUGGUUUUCCAGACCUAGAUGAAGCCUAGUCCUGGACUAAAAAGCACUUGAAACUACUGAACAUGGUUUUAGUCCAGGAAUCUGCUUUUGUUUGUUUGUGAGGGCACUUUUGUCCUUGUCUGAGCUGAAGUCACCCAAUGUGCACAUUUUUUAAAAGGAGCCAAGGUUUGAAACCCAAUUUUCUUCGACAGAGGCCAUGUCUUUUCCAAGUGUGCGUGUGUAUGCGCGAGUCUCUCACAUGACUGUAACCUCCCCUCCUCAGGUGGACACGCGGGCGGUGGCGGCACUGGCGAAGUGGCAGAACUCGUACAGCAUCCGUGUGGUGCUGCAGGAACUCCGGAGGCUCAUGAUGUGUAAAGAGAACAUGAAGCUCCCCCAGCCACCCGAAGGCCAGGUCUUCAGCAACUGAGCCUCAUGGCCCUGACAAGCCCUGCUAUCCCUGCUCUGCCUCACUGUCUCUCCAUCCAACACGCACACAGAAGUAUAUCUACACAUACAAUACAUACACGCACACUGAUUCAAUGCUUCCUCACACAUGCACACUCGCACGAACCCCCACACACACUCACACGGCGUAACGAACCCCUUAUUUUUCGGACUCUUGAGUACUCUGUUCUCUUUUGCCAGGCCCCUCCCACCUUCUGUUCUAAGCCAUGCCCACUUCCUCUCUCUCUCGUUGGACAGGGAGAGGGUUGCACAGGUGGACUCCACCUCCCCAUCCUCUACCCCGACCCCUAAUGCUCACAACUGUGCAGACCAGACAUUACGAUACAAAUUACUGUACAUCUUACUAAUAGUUUUUUUUUUUUUUUUAUAAUUUUAAUUUGUGAUCUACAUCCAGAUUGUAAAAUAACAUAAAUGAUCUUAUUGAGUGUACCUAUCUUAUGUGUGUGCUGGAUUCUUCAACCCAAGGGUGGUGGAAUUUUACUCUGUACUGUAGGUGUAGCAGGGGUGGAAAUCAAGAUGAUUUGCUGCGCUGCAAAAUAAAAGUUGAUCUGUGCCCCCACUGAAAUGUGGACAGUAAAGUUGUCACUGUUCUGCUCUUAAUUUCGCUACAAGACUAGUUUUAAUCUGAUUCUGCUUGCCCAGUUGGACUAGUCAGGUCUGAGUAGUGGUUUAAGAAUACACAGCAUAGUCUUGCCAGGGUCUGUUUCUGAAAGCUAAUAAAGAAACAAUGCUUCCCCCCCCCC